AUGGAGCCAAAACUCUGUUCCGGUUUGUUUCUCCUCAUUGUCACGGCUUGUUUCAUCCUCUUACUCACUUCCACUAACUUCUCUCACGAGCCAUCGUCCACGUACUGCACCAACUCUUCCUCUUCACCUCUUUGCGCCUCAAGAAACUUCCUUUUCAACAAGAAAACUCGACCCAUUACUAAAAACGUUCCCAAACCAAAACCUAAAAACCAUGACCACGUGUCUGACACACCAAACCAUCCUCUUGACCCACUCACGGUAAUGGAGAUCAACAAAGUCAGAUCAAUCCUCUCCUCUCACGCCCUCUUCGCCUCCCCUGCACCACACUCGUUUCACUCCAUCGUUCUUGAAGAGCCAGACAAGAACCUAGUCCGACAAUGGGAAAAAGGAACCACACUCCCACCAAGAAAGGCCUCAGUGAUCGCACGUGUUGGCGCCGACUCGCACGUGCUCACCGUUGACAUAUCUACAAGUUAUGUAGAUUUAGUGGAUAGCCCGGUUCAUGCACCCGGUUACCCGAUUAUGACGUUGGAAGAGAUGGCUUCUGCCACAUGGGCACCGUUCACAAACGAAGAUUUCAACCGUACAAUACUAUCCCGCGGAGUUGAUCUUACGGACGUGAUUUGUUUCCCAAUCUCUAGUGGCUGGUUUGAUAAUAAAGAAGGAAACAGAAGGUUAAUUAAAAUUCAAUGUUUCUCAACUCAAGGUACGGUUAAUUUCUACAUGCGACCUAUCGAAGGUUUAACACUACUCUUCGAUUUAGACAUAAAGCAAAUACUCGAGACAACCGAUACUGGUCGGUCUAUACCAAUACCCGGUUCAACCAAUACCGAUUACCGUUUCUCAAAUCUCCCAAACCGGGACAAAACCAGACCUCUUAAUCCAAUCUCAAUCGAGCAGCCACGUGGUCCAAGCUUCGUAAUCGAAGAUAACCAUCUAGUAAAAUGGGCAAAUUGGGAGUUUCACUUAAAACCGGACCCGAGAGCCGGUUUGGUUAUAUCCACGGUUAAGGUGCAUGAUCCGGACACUGAAGUGUCACGUGAAGUUAUGUACAAAGGGUUCGUGUCGGAGCUUUUUGUUCCGUACAUGGAUCCAUCGGAAGCUUGGUACUUCAAGACUUAUAUGGACGCAGGCGAGUACGGGUUCGGGUUACAAGCAAUGCCGCUUGAACCGCUUAACGAUUGUCCAAGAAACGCCGUUUAUAUGGACGGAAUAUUCGCGGCGGCUGACGGAACGCCGUAUGUGAGAGAGAAUAUGAUUUGUGUGUUUGAGAGGUACGCCGGCGAUAUUGGAUGGCGUCACUCCGAGAACCCCGUCACCGGCAUGCCGCCGUUAAGGGAAGUGAGACCAAAGGUGACGCUAGUGGUACGAAUGGUAUCCUCAGUGGGUAACUACGAUUACAUAAUUGAUUAUGAGUUCCAAACUGAUGGGCUAAUGAGAGCUAAGGUUGGGCUUAGUGGAAUCUUGAUGGUGAAAGGGACAACGUACAAGAACAAGAACCAAGUGAAGAAAGACAAAGAAGGUAAUGAAGAAGAGCUCUACGGCACGAUUCUGUCCGAAAAUGUAAUUGGAGUUAUUCACGACCACUACGUUACUUUUUACCUUGACCUCGACGUGGAUGGCCCGAACAAUUCCUUUGUUAAAGUGAACCUUAAGAGGCAACAGACGGAGCCGGGUGAGUCACCGAGGAAGAGUUACAUGAAUGUGGUUAAGAACACUGCGAAAACCGAAAAGGACGGUCAGAUCAAGCUUAGCUUGUACGAUCCAUCAGAAUACCAUGUUAUCAACUCUGGUAAAACCACUCGGGUUGGUAACCCGACCGGUUACAAGGUCGUGCCUAGAGCCACAGCAGCUAGUCUACUUGACCGUGAUGAUCUACCGCAGAAGAGAGGAGCUUUUACCAAUAACCAAAUUUGGGUCACUCCCUACAACAAGUCUGAGCAAUGGGCUGGCGGUUUGUUCACUUACCAAAGUCAUGGUGAUGAUACUCUUGCGGUUUGGUCAAACAGGGAUAGAGACAUAGAGAACAAGGACAUUGUGGUAUGGUACACACUUGGCUUCCAUCACAUUCCAUGUCAAGAAGAUUUUCCGAUAAUGCCUACAGUUUCUUCGAGUUUUGAUCUGAAGCCAGUCAAUUUCUUUGAGAGAAAUCCAAUCCUUAGCGCUACUCCGAAUUUCGAACAUGACCUUCCGGUUUGCGGAGCCGGAUCUGUUUCUGCUUAAGAAGAAUGAAGAACCAACGAAAUAAUUGUCCAACUUUUGGAUCUUGUUAUAUAUAUAGAUCCAUGGUACAACUUUAAAUCAAGUAAUAAUAA